GCUAAGAAGAGCAAGCAUCAGGAAAGCAGCUUGUCUACAGCAAGAGACCAACUAAAAAGGCAUCAUGAAGACCCUGACUCUCCUCUUCGUCGCUGCUUUUCUGUCAGUGUGCUGGUCCAUGGGAGCUGUUGAACCAGAGGUCGUUGUGGACCCUGAAGCAGACACAGCUGCAACUGCAGACCCAGGAACCGCCGCUGCUGACACAUCCUCUGCCUCCUCUUCCUCCUCUGAGUCGGAUUCAUCCUCAGACUCUACAUCUGACUCCAACUCUUCCUCCGACUCUUCAGCAUCUGAUUCCGACUCAGGCUCAGACUCAUCAGCCUCCUCUUCCUCAUCAUCUUCCUCCUCCUCUUCCUCCUCUGAAUCCUCAGAGUCCUCUGAGUCCUCCGAGUCUGACGAGGCUGACUCCUCUGACUCCGACUCUGCAUCUGAUUCCUCCUCUUCUUCUUCAUCCUCAUCAUCUUCGUCAGAGUCUACUGAAGAUGCUGCUGAAGCCCAAACAGAUGCUCCAGUUGUGAUGAAGAGAGACCUGGCUGCUGUUCUCCUGAGGAGAAGAAGAGCAGCCCCAGCAGGAGAGCCCACCCCUCUGCAGCUGGAAAGCCUGAGAGAGGUGUGUGAGACUAACGUGGACUGUGACGAGAUGGCGGACGCUCAGGGCAUCAUUGCUGCAUACACGGCUUUCUACGGCCCACCCCCCUUCUAA